AUGGGAUAUAAUUUAGUGUACCACCCUCACGAAACUUUGAGAAAGAAGUCUCAGAAGGUGCAGCGUUUUAACAAAGAACUACAUACCUUACUCGCAGGUAUGAAGUGCGUGCUUGAAGAAAAAAAAGGCUGUGGAUUAGCGGCUACACAACUAGACUGCAUGCAGAGGUGUUUUCUAGUGAAAUUCGAAGAGACUCUGCAUACAUUUAUUAAUCCAGAAAUUACAUAUCUAAGCAAAAGCACAAUAUACUACGAAGAGGGUUGCCUAAGUAUCCCCGGUGUCUAUGCCCAUGUAGAACGCCCAAAGGUAGUACAUGUUCGUGCUCAGAAGGAAGACGGUGAGUACUUUGAAAUAGAAACAGAUACAUUCUUGGGGAGAAUUAUCCUCCAUGAAUUUGAUCAUAUGGAGGGGGUUUUGUUUAUCGAUCAUCUCCCUAAAGGCAUGAGAAGGAAGCUGUUACUAGAAUAUGAAGCAUUACAAAGGGAAUGGGGAGUAGAGAGAAUACAAAAACAAUGA